AUGUCAAAACUCGCUUUUGAAAGCACCACGGACUUGUUUAUCAAGAACCUCAGUUGGAACAAUGUCGAAAAAUACCUGACCCAGCCCACUCUGGUCACUGCCGAAGUGUUGUUUGUUACACUCACAUUGUUAAAUGUAUAUAUCAUACAUACUCUGUUCAAACAAGUGGCCCCUAUUCCUAUAUUUGUGACAUGGUGGCAAUUGGCACAGGGAUUGUACACGGCAUAUUUGUUAGGUGAAUUUGGAACUGUCUAUCCCAAGUUUGCAUUAUUUCCCCCAGUGAACUUUGACAAUUCUCUCUUACGUUCUUUGGCCCUCCCUACUAUGGCCUAUGUUGGAAUGUUGGCUGCAGCAAAUAUGUUACUGUCAGCCGCCCCUACUGCCUGUACAUUUUCAAUUAUGGCUGCUGGAGCCGUAGCUGCCCACCACGCAGCGCGUUUCAUCGCAUGUGGAGAAGAGUAUAUGCCGCUCAGAUGGAAGGGAAUUGGCAUCUUGCUUUUAGCAUUUGCCAUUGGAAUUACCGAUUCUAACAUUGCCCCAGGUCAUAUUCUCCCAAUUGCUUGUGGAUAUGCCGCCUUAGCUGCUCUUUUUAGGGCUGGCUGUAUGGACCGUUGUCUACAUUUGGUAGGGGGGAGGGGUAAUACGCUACAUAACCACCAACAUUUACUGGGAACUUUGAUUUUGCCUUUCAUUUUCUUAAUAUCGGGGGAAAUAACAACGUUUUUUGCUAGGAUGCCCCUAAACUUUACUAAGAUAAAGACAUGGCAUGUCUGGGGAUGUUUUGUUACCAUAGGGGCUCUACCAUUCGUUAAAAACGUCGUUAGUAAUCGUCUGAUCAGGAGAACUGGCCAAGGACCCUGGAGGUGCCUAGAACUGGUAGCUGUAUUGCUCCUAUUUUUCAUAGGCAGUAGUUCACAACCUAACACGUGGCAGAUAUGGGCUUCCACCUCUUUUGUCGUACUUGGACGUUUAUUGGUAGCUAUAGAUGUAAUUAAUAACAUGAGUUCGAAUUUGCUGUAUUCUAACAGUCAAUCUAGUGAAUUUGGAGAUCCUGUGGGACUGGAUUCUCCUAGUACUUUGCAACAGACCACAACUCCUUUUAUUCAGAAAGAAGAGGCAGUUGAUCACGAGAUGACUUAG